AACAUGGCAGACGCGGCACCUCCGCCGAGCAAGAGGAAGCGCGAACUAACAGCCGGGGAGGCAGAAGCUUCCGGCACAGAGGACAAGAAAGCCAAAGUAGCCGGCGUUGGGAAUGGCACCUCCGCCCCUGUCCGCCUUCCUUUCUCCGGCUUUAGGGUGGAAAAAGUGCUGCGGGAGUCCGCGCGGGACAAGAUCCUGUUCCUGCACGGCAAGGUGAAUGAGUCCUCUGGGGAUGGAGAGGAUGCCAUUGUGAUCCUGGAGAAGACACCGUUUCAGGUGGAACAGGUGGCCCAGCUCCUCACGAGCAGCCCUGAGCUCCAGUUGCAGUUCUCCAAUGAUAUAUACAGCACCUAUCACAUGUUUCCUCCAAGGCAGCUGAGUGAUGUAAAGACAACUGUGGUUUACCCAGCCACAGAGAAGCACCUGCAGAAGUACUUGCGCCAGGACCUCCACCUGGUGAGAGAGACAGGAGGCGACUACAAGAAUGUCACCUUACCCUACCUGGAGUCCCAGAGCCUCAGCAUCCAGUGGGUGUACAACAUUCUUGACAAGAAGGCUGAGGCCGACCGGAUUGUCUUCGAGAACCCGGAUCCUUCUGGCGGCUUUGUGCUCAUCCCCGACCUCAAGUGGAACCAACAGCAGCUUGAUGACCUGUACCUGAUCGCCAUCUGCCAUCGCCGGGGCAUCCGGUCGAUCCGGGACCUCACUGCAGAGCACCUGCCACUGCUCAGGAACAUCCUCCAGGAGGGGCAGGAAGCCAUCCUGCGGCGAUACCAGGUGAAGGGGGACCGCCUCCGCGUGUACCUGCACUACCUGCCCUCCUACUACCACCUGCACGUGCACUUCACCGCCCUGGGCUUCGAGGCACCUGGCUCGGGGGUGGAGCGGGCUCACCUUCUGGCAGAGGUGAUUGAGAACCUGGAGCGGGACCCCGAGCACUACCAGCAGCGCACCCUCACCUUUGCCCUCAGGGCGGAUGACCCCCUGCUCAAGCUCCUGCAGGAGGCCCAGAAAAACUGAGUCUCCUGGGGCUGUCCAGAGAACACAGAUAAUGGGACUGUGGGGGGGUGGGGGAGGUUUUAGUACCAGGUUAAUUUUUUACAUGUGCUUUGUACUGGCUUACUUCUAGUAUGUGAAUAAAGUAUUGGUCUCAUUUGGUGUGGAC